AUGAUUCUGCAGAAUUUCUCGUUAAGCUCUCACCUUAUGCACACGCCCUCAAUACUGUUUAUGUUGCUUCAACCACAGCAUGGAGCCCAACUGAUCCUCCACAAACUCUAG